AUGGAGGUCGCGUUGGCUGGGCUAGAGGGGAAUAAUGGCCUGAGUUUCAACCGCACCAUUCCACGAUCAUCGGGGAAUGUACCCAAUUCGCGAUCGCUGCCGAAGCUCGUACAUGACGACAGCAGUAUCGAUGAGGGAUACGAUAACCAGGUGUCAGGCCAUGAUCAGUGCUGUGAGAGAGUUGUCAUCAACGUGAGCGGUCUCCGGUUUGAAACGCAGCUCCGAACCCUCAACCAGUUCCCCGAUACGUUGCUUGGCAAUCCCGAAAAGCGGAUUCGUUACUUCGACCCACUUCGCAACGAGUACUUCUUUGAUCGCAACCGACCGAGUUUUGAUGCGAUACUUUAUUUCUAUCAGAGUGGCGGGCGACUUCGGCGACCUGUGAACGUACCUUUAGAUGUUUUCAGCGAGGAAAUCAAAUUUUACGAGUUAGGGGAUGAGGCAGUAGAGAAAUAUAGAGCAGACGAAGGUUUUAUAAAAGAAGAAGAAAGAUUAUUGCCCAAAAAUCAACUGCAACGUAGUAUAUGGCUACUAUUUGAAUACCCAGAAAGUUCACCAUGGGCGAGAGUUAUAGCCGUUUGUUCUGUCACAAUUAUAUUGAUAUCCAUUGUAAUAUUCUGUUUAGAAACUAUACCAGAGUUUCAACAACCCCCACUUGAAGUGAACAAUACAAAAAAUGGAACAUCAUAUCAUCGAAUACCAUUCUAUCAUGAUCCAUUCUGGAUCAUAGAGACCUGUUGUAUUGUAUGGUUCACUUUGGAAUUUUUUGUGAGAUUACUUUCAAGUCCUGUCAAGAUGUUGUUCUACAAAAACAUAAUGAACAUUAUUGAUAUAGUGUCAAUUAUUCCAUAUUUCAUCACUCUAAGUACUACAUUAGUUCAAGCGACAACAGAAAAAGAAGAUAGUAAAGCUAUGUCACUAGCCAUCCUUCGUGUUAUCCGCUUGGUACGCGUAUUUAGAAUUUUCAAACUAUCAAGACAUUCAAAGGGACUACAAAUCUUAGGACGAACUCUGCGGGCUAGUAUGCGAGAACUCGCCCUGCUUGUAUUCUUUCUGUUUGUUGGUGUGAUUCUCUUCUCCAGUGCAGUCUACUUCGCUGAAGCAGAUUCACCAAACACCCAUUUUCAUAGUAUUCCAGAUGCGUUUUGGUGGGCUGUUGUUACUAUGACUACUGUUGGCUAUGGUGAUAUGAAGCCAAUCACACCCGGUGGUAAAAUCGUUGGCUCAAUGUGUGCAAUUGCAGGUGUACUCACAAUUGCACUCCCUGUACCUGUGAUUGUAUCUAAUUUUAAUUACUUCUAUCACCGUGAACAAGAUAAUGAAGAUCAAACACAGUACUCGCAUGUGUCAAGUUGUCCAUACCUGCUAAGUCCUACUGCUGUGAAAACGAAAGAUGGUGCUAGCCAGGAAAACCUUUCCAUGGAUUACGUAGAAAUGGAGGAAGGCAUGAGUGGGUCAGUCUCACAGCAAACUCCUCAAAGUCAGCCAAGUAGUGGCCGGCAAAACCUCAAUGAUCGCACUAAAAUGAACAGCGUGCAGCGCAACUCCAUCAAUUUAAACAUAAAUGCAGUAAGCAUAGAAACGGAUGUGUGA